UGUGCCCGGUCCUUGUCUCUCACCUCUCUGCGCGCGCAGGUGCUUGGGAACAGCUGGGAGUGGGAGCUGUUUUUGGGGUCAGUCCAUCCCUGUCUCCGAGGAGGGCUCUGCUGAGCUAGGGAGGAGGGCCCCCCCCACCUGUGGCAGCGUCACCAAGUCCCAGCAGCUGUUGGUGUUUCUCAGUGGCACUGUCCCAGCUGCCACUCAGCCCCCGGCUCCCUCCCCUCCACCAAGUGCCCAACGUGCAGCUCGGGGCGGAGAGACGGACCCUGUGUAGCUGGCUGCCGGGGCUGCGGGACCCUUGCCGCGCCGCCCUGUGGGGCCGGGGCCUACGAGCCAUGCUGUCCUCUCCGGCUGUGGUGCUCCACCCGUACAGCCUGCCUGUGUACCCGCAGGUGCCCCAGUGCUUUCCGGGCCUGGUUCAGCAGGGUAGCCAGGAUGCCGCUGCCCCCGCCGACCCCAUGACUCAGACGUACCCCGCUCCAUACCCCCCGGCCCCGGCCCGGCUGCCCCCACCCUUCCGCCCGCCCGGCGCCCUGCAGGACUACCCGCCGCAGACCCCUGCUGAGCACGGUCUGUGCCUCUACCCGGCUGGCCAGCCCCACCCGGAGCACGCCGCCCCGCCGGAGCCCCUGGUGCCAGCCCUGCCUCCUCCCCCCGCGCCAGCCGAGGAGAGUCCCGCGGCCGCGCUCAGCCCAGACGGCCGGGAGGCAGAGAGCGAAGACAGCAAAUCCCAGCCCAAGCGGCUGCACGUCUCCAAUAUCCCCUUCCGCUUCCGUGACCCCGACCUGCGGCAGAUGUUUGGGCAAUUCGGGAAGAUCCUAGACGUGGAAAUCAUCUUCAACGAACGCGGCUCCAAGGGUUUUGGCUUUGUGACCUUCGACAGCAGCCAGGAUGCGGACCGGGCGCGAGAGAAGCUGAACAGCACCGUUGUGGAGGGCAGGAAAAUUGAGGUGAACAACGCCACGGCCCGUGUGGUCACCAAGAAGCCUCCAGCAGCGCCUGCGGUGAAUGGUUGGAAGAUCAAUCCCUUGGUUGGUGCUGUCUACGCCCCCGACCUCUACACAGUGGCCACCAUCCCCUACCCGAUGGUGGCCCCGGCGGCGCUGGCCUAUCGCGGGGGCCUGCGGGGCCGUGGCCGAGCCAUCUACAACCCGAUCCGGGCAGCUCCUGCCCCGUCGCCCGUCCCUGCCUACGGGAGCGUGGUGUACCCGGAUGGGCUAUAUGGCACUGACAUCUGUGGCUAUGCAGCUUACCGUGUGGCACAACCCCCUGGGGCAGCGGCAACGGCAGCGGCGUACACCGACGGGUACGGCCGGGUCUACACCACAGCAGAUCCUUACCACCACGCCGUCACUCCAGCCUACGGCGUUGGGGCCAUGGCCAGCCUGUACCGCGGAGGGUACAACCGCUUCACGCCGUACUGAGGAAGCAGGGGCUGAAAAGGCCGGCGGCCGUGACAGGAAGGGGCCUUGGGAGUGGACUCUGAGAUCUCGGUGUGAAUAGCGACGGGCAUGUUCCAUCCAGUCCCCUGCCCCCAACACGGACGGGUUGGGACAUCUGGUUCUAGCACCCCAGACCCAUUACCCAGAAUCCCCUGGGAGGAACCCCGCCUGGCACCAGCACCAUGUUACCCAGAAUCUGCUUGGGGUGGGGGGUGCCUGGUCCCAGUGUCCUAUUACCCAGAUCUUGCCUGGCCCCGGUCCCCUGGCCAUAGAGACAGUGGGGUGGUACGUGCAGAGGGGGGAACACUGCUGCCCCCCAGGCAGUGGAGAUGAGGGUGAAUUUGGCCAGUGUUUAAUAUCAGAUCCCUGCGUCACACCCGGGGCAGGAUGGUGCUGGGUGGCCUCACCCCUUUCACUCACGGGAAAGGGGGGUUUGGUCUUUUCAAUCAGUGGUUUUCAACCGUCCCAGACGACCGUACCCCAUUCAGGACUCUGAUCUGUCUUGCCUCCCCCCACGUUUCACCCCUCUUAAAAACGACCUCACCCUCAUGCACGUGCUUGCACCAGGGCUUAAGUUCAGCCGCUGCUGUCCGGAGCGGAGCUCUGGGAAAUAUUUUCCAACCCCCUGGAGAUUUUAUAGCAUGUUGGGGCACGGGAGGCAUUGAGGGGAGGGAAAUACUCUCAGAGAGUUUUAGCCCUGGUUUGCAAGCAUGAGUAAAUGGCACCAAAUGCGUGUCUAAUACAGUGCGAAUCCACAUGGGACACUACCGGAGAAUAUAGUCUAUCGAGCAGUCAAACCAGG